UCUGGCCAUUGGGGAGUAGAAUCAAAACGUUAAUGGAAGGAGAAAGUGCAGCAGGAGUCUUUGGGGUUGUGCUUGGGCUUUUUUCUUUGUAGGCUUGUUUGGUUUGAGUUUUCUUUGAAGCUGAUGAGGUUUGUUCUGUUCUAGUCUGCCAUUAAUAUUAACUAGAUAUAGCUAAAAGCUACUAUUGACUUAAAGCAGAAGUUUUUGGUGAAGAGUAAGACCUGAAAUGACUUUCCUUCCAAAGUGGUUAACUUUUCUAAAGGGCAAAGAGGCCAUUCUUUCUAAUGCCAUCAUUGCAAUGUUGACAAUAGGCGGGCAGCAGCUCUUCUCGUUCUUCACAUUCAGCUGUCCCUGCCACGCUGGCAAAAACCUUAUCUAUGGACUGGCUUUUCUAGGGGUUCCUGCUCUGAUCCUUCUCAUUGUUGGUUAUGCCUUGAAUAACCAGACUUGGAGGCUAGUUACAGGCAAAAGUUCUCCUCUUCAGGAGGCUAAACCAAACAAGUUACUGCAAUGCAAGCUGAUCUGCUUCGUCUUGUGCAGCAUCACUGGGAGAGCCUUGGUUGCUCCAGUAACGUGGCUAGCAGUCACCCUGAUAAAUGGCUCAUACUAUGUCUGUGCCAUGAGUGAGUUUGUGCCUUAUUAUGGAGCUAAUGUUACUGUUAAUGAACAGAAAACAACACUGGCAGCAUUUCCAUGCAGUCAAUUAGUUCCUCCAGAGCUGACCCGGGCAAGAGAUGAAGUGCUCCUCCUUCUCCGCUACCAGUCACAAGUGGCUGGCUGGCUUCUGAUUGCUGUGGUUGUCAUCACUGUUUUCCUGUCUUACUGCUUGGCCAGCUGCCUCUCCCCACUCAGCUUUCUGCAUUUCAGAUACUGGAUUAACUAUGUUCAUAAUGAGCAGGAGCUUUUUGAUGAAGCAAUAGACCAGCACUCCAGGCUCUAUGCCAUGCAGCACGUAAAGAAGUUCUUUGGCUUUGUCCCAGGGAGUGAAAAGGUGAAGGCAAUCCGUAUCCCAUCUCUCCGAGAGUGGCAAGCUAUUUCUGGGCUGGCCUUUCUAAAACGAGUGGAUGAGGAGCACUAUGACUACAGCCUCCUCCAUGACUGGGCACUCAGGGAGGCUGCAACUGGAAAAUACCUGAAGACUGAUGAGGACCCUGAGACCAGAAUGCAGGUCUGAGUGUCCAAGUUAUCACCAACAGCUUGUGGAAAAGCAGGAAUCUGUCAAGCUUCAUAUCAGACUGAAGCUGCUCUGGAACUUCCUGAUGCCUUAUGUUGAUAUGUAAACUACUUAAGCAAAUAUAUGCUGUUUAUGUCCUUUAGCAUGUGCUUAUGGAUGCCUCUCUAAUCGUGUCUGACUCCUGUGGGAUGUGAUGGUCUAUGUCUAGUUUAGGGUGGACUGUUUUAAACAGCUUUCUAGUACUUGUGCUAAAAGAAUGAGAACACAUUGGAAGGGAAAGGUAUUCCCAAAUGCUUUUUCUUUCCUAUCAUUAAAAAUUAAAGCUACACUUUGAUUGGA